CCGCCUCUGUGCUGUGAGGAGCUCGUUCCUGCUGCUCGUGUUUCUCUCUGUUGUAGUUUGAGUCGUUCACGUUAAAAACUACAACCGGGCCGGUUUACGGCGUGACGCGGAGCUGCUCACAGACCGGUCAGCCGUGACGUCACCAGGUGGAGGUGAUGGAGGAGUCUCCCCCGUCGUCCCCCGUUGUGUGUGUGAGUGUGUGUGACUCCGCCCCCCUGCUGUGGCGGCUGGAGGACCUGCGGACUGUGAGGUCUCAGGGUCUGGUCGGGUCUCUGCUGGGUUCUCUGACCCGGACCCCCCGACAGAACGGCCGCCUGGGCCGCCCGCUGCUGCUGCUGCCGGAGGAGGAGAGGCUGCUGAUGGAGCGCCAGGCCGCUGCUCCACCUAACCAGCAGGAUGGAGGAGGGGUGGAGCUUCAUCUGCAGGUGCAGCAGCACCAGGAGGAGCAGCAGAGGAGCUAUGAGGAGCAGAGUGGUCUCGCUCUGCAGGACAGGAAGUCAGCGCUGCUCCGAGCCAUGACAUCACCACACACAGAAUCAGGACCCGGGGUCGGAGACGAGGCCCUGCAGGGCCGCCUGGAGGCCCUGGACCGGAGCUUUACCUUCCCUCGCUCGGCGCUGGCGGUACAGCUGAGCACGGCGAGGGCGGGGCUGUCCCACUGCCCCGAGGCCCGGGCCUUCCUCCAGGCCGACCGACCAAUCAGAGGACAGGACGAGCUGAGCUGCGCUGCCGCCAGGUACCAGGUGUUCAGAGACCUGAGGGGGCGGGGCUUCUACCUGACCUCAGCCGGGAAGUUUGGAGGAGACUUCCUGGUUUAUCCAGGUGACCCUCUUCGCUUCCACGCUCACUUCAUCGCCGUCUGUCUGUCUCUGGACGAGUCCGUCUGUCUGCUGGACGUCCUCGCUGUGUCUCGUCUGGGAUCCAACGUCAAGAAGACAGUCCUGCUGUGCUCGCCGGGGACGGACGGACGAGUCCAGUACACCUCGUUACAGUGGAGCGGGAUGGUUUAGACCUGAACCUGGACCUCUAACAGAGGGCAGGAGGACCCCUGCUGGGCGGCGGGCCACGGGUUUGUUACCACAGAGUCCUUAAAGGAUCUCCUUUGACUUCAUGACUUGCAGAAAUAAAGACCUGGACCUGCUUAAAA